GGUUUCAUUAUUUCACCCCCACGCUUUCAAUCCUCCACCAACGGUCUAUUCCCCUCGCGCUCAAGUCUCUGCGACAUCAAUGUUCACCCAAAUUCAACCCCCCACCCGACUUCAAUUCCUGCCACCGCCACUUCCGCCUGCUUUUCUUUUUCGCCGUCGCUCAAACUUUUCGAGGCACCAACGUUCUUACCUGUCUUUUCGCGGCCGCCGAGUAUUCAACUGCUUAAAUGCCACAGCCUAUGAUAAGAAUACAAAUCCUAGUGAAGAAAGUGAAGAAUUUACUGGCAGUCUAGAAGAGGAAGUCAGAAGGGCGUACCCCUUUCAUGAAAUUGAGCCCAAAUGGCAGCGUUACUGGGAGGACAACAAGACUUUUCGGACCCCGGAUGAGCUUGAUACUUCGAAGCCUAAGUUCUACGUUCUUGACAUGUUUCCUUACCCCAGUGGCGCUGGUUUACAUGUGGGACAUCCUCUUGGCUAUACCGCAACGGAUAUCCUUGCGAGACUUAAAAGAAUGCAAGGUUUCAAUGUGUUGCAUCCAAUGGGCUGGGAUGCAUUUGGUUUACCUGCAGAGCAAUAUGCAAUUGAGACAGGGACGCACCCAAAAAUCACAACAAUGAAGAACAUUGACCGAUUCCGUUCUCAGCUUAAAUUGUUGGGCUUCUCAUAUGACUGGGACCGUGAAAUAUCUACUACAGAACCUGAAUAUUAUAAAUGGACACAGUGGAUAUUUCUGCAGCUCUUAAAGCGAGGAUUGGCAUAUCAGGCUGAAGUUCCAGUCAAUUGGUGCCCUGCACUUGGCACUGUCUUGGCAAAUGAAGAAGUGGUUGAUGGUGUGAGCGAGCGUGGGGGACACCCAGUAAUUAGAAAACCUAUGCGGCAAUGGAUGCUGAAGAUUACUGCAUAUGCUGAUCGUCUUCUUGAAGAUUUAGAUGAUCUUGACUGGCCUGAAAGUGUUAAAGAGAUGCAAAGGAACUGGAUAGGGAGGUCAGAAGGAGCAGAGCUGCAAUUCAGUGUUGUAGACAUUGAUGGUCUGGAAAGAGACGUUGAAAUUACUGUUUACACGACAAGGCCCGAUACCAUUUUUGGUGCAACUUACCUAGUCCUGGCACCUGAACAUGCCCUAUUGUCAGCCAUUGUAUCUGAUGCCCAAAGAAAAGAAGUGGAAGAAUACAAAGAACUUGCCUCUAGAAAGAGUGAUCUUGAGAGGACUGAGCUCCAGAAGGAAAAAACUGGGGUCUUCACUGGCUGUUAUGCAAGAAAUCCAGCUAAUGGAACAGCUGUCUCGAUUUGGGUAGCUGACUAUGUUUUGGGAAGCUACGGGACAGGAGCAAUAAUGGCAGUCCCUGCACAUGACACAAGAGACCACGAGUUUGCUUUGAAGUACAAUCUUCCUAUAUGUGGGGUUGUGACUCCUGACAAUGGAAGUUUCAGUUACUUUGAGAAGGCUUAUGCUGGUGAAGGUACCAUGAUAAAUUCAUCAAGUCCAGCAUCAGGACUUGACAUUAAUGGCCUAUCCAGCAAAGAUGCUGCUUCUACAGUUGUUAAGUGGCUUGAGAAAACUGGAAAUGGGAUGAAAAAGGUGAACUACAAGUUGCGGGACUGGCUAUUUGCCCGGCAGCGUUACUGGGGAGAGCCUAUCCCUGUCAUUUUUCUGGAUGACACGGGUGAAUGCAGACCUAUUUCCGAAGCUGAACUGCCUCUUACACUUCCUGAGUUGGAUGAUUUUACUCCAACUGGGACUGGGGAACCACCGCUCACUAAGGCUCUGUCUUGGGUAAAAACAGUUGACCCUACUUCCGGGAGAUCUGCUCAGCGUGAGACAAACACUAUGCCACAGUGGGCUGGCUCUUGCUGGUACUAUCUGAGGUUCAUGGACCCUAGAAAUUCUGAGGCAUUGGUUGACAAGGAAAAAGAAAUGUACUGGAGCCCUGUUGAUGUGUAUGUUGGUGGUGCAGAACAUGCAGUUCUUCACUUGCUUUAUGCAAGAUUCUGGCACAAGGUUCUUUAUGAUGUUGGUAUAGUUUCGACCAAGGAACCUUUUCAAUGUGUCAUAAACCAGGGAAUUAUUCUUGGAGAGGUUCAAUACACCGCACUCAGAGAUUCAGAUGGGAAUUUAAUUUCUGCUGAUUCUGUUGAUGAAAUGGGUAACUUCAGUCAAGAAAGUGUACCCGAGGAUAAGGUCAUAAAGUCUGGUGAUUCUUUUGUGCUAAAAGACAAUCCAAAUAUCCGCUUGAUUGCCCGUGCUCACAAGAUGAGUAAAAGCAGGGGAAACGUCAUUAAUCCAGAUGAUGUUGUUUCACAAUAUGGUGCAGAUUCUCUUCGUUUAUAUGAAAUGUUCAUGGGCCCGUUCAGAGACUCGAAAACUUGGAGUACUAGUGGUAUUGAUGGUGUUCAUCGCUUUUUAGCGAGAGUGUGGAGACUGGUUGUUGGUUCACCGUCAGUUGAUGGCAAAUUCAAAGAUGGAACAGUUGGUCUCGAUGGGGAACCUUCGCUGGAACAGCUUCGUUAUCUUCAUAGAUGCAUUAAUAAGGUAACUGAAGAAAUUGAAGGAACACGAUUCAACACCGGGAUUUCUGCCAUGAUGGAAUUCACUAAUGCAGCAUAUAAGUGGGACAAACUUCCAAGAUCAAUCAUUGAAGAAUUUGUUCUCUUGCUCUCACCCUAUGCACCUCACAUGGCUGAGGAGCUGUGGUCCCGUCUGGGACACUCAAGUUCACUGGCAUAUGAACCUUUCCCCAAGGUGAAUCCUGCUUACUUAAAGGAGUCCACGGUGGUUUUACCAGUCCAAAUCAAUGGGAAGACGAGGGGCACCAUACAGGUGGAGAAAACAUGCACAGAAGAAGAUGCUUUUAAGCUAGCUUCACUAGAUUCAAAGCUGUCCAAAUUUCUGGCCGGGAAAAGCAUCAAGAAGAGAAUUUUCGUUCCUGGUAAGAUUCUGAACAUUAUUCUUGACGCCCAAAGCGCCAAGGUGGGUCAGCGAUAGCGCCUUGCGCCAGGUGGAUAGUGUUCCGUUAUUUAUCAAUCAUGUAGCACGAUCAGAAGGGAUUAUGUGGAUGAUGUAAUUAUUGAAGCAUUUUUGACAAAGUGCAAAGUUAUUAAUGUGAAAGAAGGGGUUUUUGAGAUA